UUUCCGGUGUUCACUCACUCACUCAGCAGAGGUUGGAUUACAACAGGGAUCACUGAACUUUUGAUAUUGCAUACAUUUUCAACAUGGGGAGUAGUAUGUCAUGCGUCCCCCAACACAACUUCAGAUACUCUAGCAAGAGCUUCAUUCGCAGGAACAGCAGCCGCUUGUUCCGGAAAAAGUACCCACAGGAAGGGCAAGAGAAGUCCAAUAGCAUCAUCAACAUUCUCUGCACCGUCACCCCCAGAAAGGAAAUGUCACCCAAAGAUCUUCAGAAUAUCGAGAAUAUAAAAUGGGACCCUCCAUUUCCGUAUGACCCAGUAAGCGGCUGGAAAAAGAGCAGCAUUAAUGUGAAGAACUACGGCAGAAUGGUUCACAGUUCCAAAGUCCGGUUCCGUUUCCUGCACUGCCAGGAUGUGCAUGACUGCUACCUAGACCUGUUCCAAACACACCUUCAUUUUGUCUCCAACAACACAACUGGACUCACAUACCAGGGCACACUUCCACUCAAAGAGCUCACUAUUUGUAAGGUGAAGAACAGGAACAGCUUUGGCGAUCCACAGGAAUUUGCAUUUCAGAUUAACGGGGUCAGCCUGAAUCCUAUCAUCGUCUACUGCUCGACAGAGGAGGAGAUAAACAACUGGUUUGGCCUUAUGAAGGAACAAAUUGAGGCCAAUGGAGGCAGUGCAAUCGCCCAAGAAACGAACACAAGAAUCAAGGUGCAGUGCUCGGAGGAGACCCCAGUGGGAAAAGAAGAGUUGAGGAACUCCAUCAGUAAAGAGCCCAUAUAUGAGUGGGAGGGCUCUGAACGGGAGAGAUUGGGGCCCAUCACAUAUGUCACGAACGUCAGACAGCAGCACAUGCCCUGUCAGGAACAGUAUGACCGGCUACUGGUGAUGUACCCCAACUAUCUGAUAAUUUUGUCGGAAGAGAGUGAUGGCCUCUUUUACAAGGGUAAACUUCCUCUCAACAUGAUAACAGUUACAACUCCUUGCCAGGACAUCAAGCCAAACACAUUUAUGAUAGAGGGGGAGUUGAUAAACCCCAUCAUAGUGUCCUGUCUCAACAAGACUGAGUUCCAUGACUGGAUCCAGUAUUUAAAAAAUGCUGACGUCCCCAUCCUCAGCCCUCCUCCCCCCGUCUAUGACAUCAUUUACACUCCAACACAGAAACAGGCUCCAGAGAUUGACAGGUGGAGUGGCAGUAGUCGUGGAGGUGCUGACCCACUAAAGCAGUCUCAGGACAAACGCAGAUCCCAUGAGCUCCAGGUGCCCAGUGGCAAUGACAACCAUUUUUCCCCUGGUUACACCGAGCCCCUCUGUUUUAUUUCAAGCAGACCCACCUCUUCGGACACGCAGUACUCUGCUCACCUGGGCAGCAGGAGCAGCAGCUUAUCUUCUCAUGCCAGACCCACACCUCCUCACCGACCUGUAUCACUCCACUACUCCUCCCCUCCACAGUCAUCCUAUCUGUCCUCCGAAGGGCCCAUGUCACCUGUUUACAACACACCAUACAGUUCAGUGCACAGCAAUGGCCCCGUUCAAUGUACUGAGAAGGCUCCAUUAGUCAAGUCGAACAGCUGGAGCACAUCACAGGCAUCUGCCAAACACCAGCUCUUAGUUCCUCACCGCCAUUCAGACUUGGUUGCCCACCGCAAACCCCUCUCACCACUUUACGAUGACCCCAGCACCCCCAGUAUGUACCCUCUUGAGGAGAACUCUACACAUGCAUUGCACUCUUCUCGAGCGUCCAUGGAGCAAGCAUACCCCCCUCUCCUUCCUCCCUCCUUCCGUCUGUGCACUCCUCCACCUGGGCGGAAAAACAGGCACAACCAAGCUGUGCAGCCCCAGAUGGCUAGCAGCCAGUGGUCAGAUGAGCUACGUGCCCAGGCUGUUUCCAGGCUGAAGAUAUUGCCCACACCCAACAGACAGACAGAACACAACCACAUAUCUCAAAGAGGUUUCUCAGGUCACACUGUCAUGAAGACAUCGCAGAUGUCUUACAGUUACUCAGCAGAUGACGACUCUUACCUUCAACCAGUAGAACCAGAUGACCAGGAAAUAGACUAUGAUAACAUUUGGGAGUAUGACCAGGACAAUAGGAUGAUUCAGCCCCUGCCUGGAACUUCAUCACACCGGACACUGGCUCACUUUGGAGCUCAAGGCCUGGGCGCAAUGACAACACAGCAGAGAUGGUCAUAAAAGCGAACAAUGGGCUUAUGCCCGUCCGGACUUGCACACAUUGCAGAAUUAUCAAACACGCAAUCGCACGCACACACACAACGGGCAUGCCUUGACUGGGUGCACGGCAUGCCCAAGAAAAGAUCUCAAUGGGGAUAUUCACAGUUGUAUUCAAUGGCUCUAUUUUCUCAUACAAAAUAUUUUGCACACGUGAUAUAAUUUAAUGUUGAGAUGAUAGUUUCAGACUGCUAUAAUAUAUUUGCUAUUGAUGAUGACAUAUGCAUUCAGUAGAAACAGGUGUAUUAAGGUGAUUGAGACAUUUAUGUCAAUUUAAAAGUAAGAAAUAAUGGUUUCCAAGAGUUGUUCAUUUUCUAAAGGUAGCAUUUGGAGGUUUUUGGUUAUGUGUCCUUUGUUAGUCCUACUAACUUAUAGAUAUUUUGAGGAUAUGCAUUUACCAAAUGUAAAUACUGUAUAUUAUUUUGUAUUUAAAUGUUAUUUAAAUGUGAAGUUUAGCUAUUAUUAUAAUUAUUCUAUUUUAUUUAUACUUGUUUUAAUAUGGUUUUUCACUGUCUGGUGUAUCAAAAGAAGACUACAUUUAGUUCUGUGGUGGUCAAAGCCAUUCCUUUUAAAAGUAAUGUAUAGUUUUCACAUUAAGACAAACAAGAAGUGAUAAAAUACAGCUGUGACGAAACUUCAGCGUACCACUGUAAAUAUAAAUGUGUGGUUUAGUUUUAAAAUUUUUUUGUUAUUAGAAUUUUUUUUAAUUUUUUUUUUUAUUUUUAUAUAAGUUUCCUGAAUGCCUAAAUUCUUUGUGUCAUGUCAGCUUGAGUUUUCCACAUUACAUUUUUAAUUAGAAUGGCUAAACAAUAACAAAUGCUGUAAAGAAUGCCGUACAAUUAAACAACCUUCAACUGAACGAGUGUUGGAAAUUGUGUAAAUAAAAGCACGUCUUUAAAAGGGUGGCCUAAUGUGUAGCCGGUCUCGCAGCCUUCAGUUGCCACCUGCUGGUAACAAUUGAAAGUGCAUGGUCUGUGUCAAAAAUUACAUUUGAGUAAUAUAGGAUAAGUACUCUAGCAAAUACUUGCUUUGCUCUUGACCCUCACUAUUUAACUUUUGUAAUCCAUAUAAAUUAUUUACCCUCAAUUGUAAGCUUUUCUCACCUCAACCUGGCAGAAACAUUAAAAAAAAAAUGCCUCUUCUGCCCUCUCUAGUGGCCAAACAUGAGCAUUACUAACAUGAAGGUGUACAGACAAAUAGUAAAACAAUACUUUCAAAUAACAAAAUCAAGAUUUAUUUUAGGUACAGCAAUUCAUACAGAAUUCAUUACCUGCCUAAGCUGACAUAUUUAAAGCAGGGAGCACCAUAUGAACAAAAAUUGUAAUAAAUAUAUUUUUUAAAGUUUUCAGAUCUGAAGUGGCAUCACGUUGGCCUUUAUGUUUAGAUGGUGUAUAAAUACAACGAAGAAAAUAACUUGGAUCCAGAUUCCAGCACCUAAGUAUCGCUAACUCUUUCCUUCAAAACUCCACAAGUAUACUUUAGACAAGCUAUAUCCAUUAUAGGACUGAAAUCAGCAUCAUACUUUCAAAUAUUCAUAAACACUCAUUCCAUCUCUCUUCAUAACACACCAAAGCAUUCACCAUGUUUGUAAAACAGUGAAUCCAGAACAUCUUUGAAAAAGGGCUUUGGUCAUUUCAUAAAUCACUUUGUUCAUUUUAAGUGUAAAUAUGAUGAUGAGCUUGAACUGAAGCACAAUCACAAACUAAAGAUUUAGUUAUAAGUCAUAAUAUUAUAAGUAGUCCUGCUACUGGCCUGCCGUUAAAUAUUGUUUGAAAUAUUGAACUACAUCUACUGUAAAUUGUUUUAAACUGAGUUCAUCAAUGGUAAAUAAAAUGCACUGAG